GGCACGUUUUUAGCCUAAAACAAGGUAUUAGGAGAUGCAUUGUGAUGCGUAGUAAGCGUGUAUUCUUAUUCUUAUUCUGUAUUAUUCGGCUGUGUGUUUAUAUAAAGUUCGCCAACUUGUUUUGAUGUGUAUUUGAUUGAUUAGUCGGUUAUCAUUACAUUCAUGGCUUUGAUAGCGACCGACCAGGGCUGCAAAUUGAACGGGACCUCGGUGAUUUACGGCCGAGUUGGACCAAGAAAAGAAGUGUUUCAAGGCAAUGCAGAGGGCUUUAAAAGUGUCAAAAUGCACCCGAAAGAGACGGAGUAUUCAACAGAUGGCCUGCCCAAAGCCUUCCUGCACAGCCUGAGGACACUGUUUAACAUUUUGGAUGAUGCUGGACGGGGCUAUGUCCACAUCUCGGAGAUCGAGACCCGCUGGCAGGGGGCAGACACCCGGGAUCUGCCCGGCGGGGUGCUGGGCUGCCUCAGGAGGGUCACUCCGCCGCAUGGCUGCCUCACCUUUGAGCGGUUCGUUGCGGGGCUGCGGUACUCGAUGCUCAACCCGGAGCACAGCGCACACUUCAGGGCCCAGGCUGCCGUGCACUCGCAGCAGGCACCAAAGCAGACCCAGAAACCCGCCCCGCUGUCCGCAUGCAGUGUCGGGACACGGGUUGAGAACAAGGUCCGUCCGCUGGGGCCGAGCAACGUGACCAACACCCAGCGGCACCGCGCGUCCUCCCUGCAGAGCCGCGCCAGGCCAGAGGAAUUGGGGCUCGGGUACCCCGCGUGUGGACCGGUGCGCUACGGCGCCGGCUUCGAGAGGUCCGGUCGGACUUUGGAGCAGAAUUCGGUCGCUCCAGGGGGCGCGCGUUACCGGGCCGACCCGGGACAUGCCACCAACCCCACACAGCCCCAGCAGAGCCGGAUCAGGUCCAUUGAGUCCCUGGCUCUGGAGUCACCGCAGCACCAAGGACCAGGUGUUGUAAGAUCAGGUUUACCAAGAUCUCAGAGCGAAUCAGCUACAGGAUUUAAUGGCGGCUCCAGGCGUCACGGGCGGAGUCGGGAAGAGCAGAGGCGGCAUACCAUAUCCAACGGAGUGGAUUAUGGAAUGCUGAAGCAAAUGAAAGAGCUGGAGCAGGAGAAGGACUCUCUGCUGGCGGGCCUGGAAGUGGUGGAGCGGGCCCGCGAGUGGUACCAAGGCCAAAUCCACAAUGUCACAGAGAGACAGCGGCAGGUCGGCCAGAGCUCCCUCUCCACGGAUUUCUUCACAGAAGCCAAUCAGAGUCGCAUGAAUGUUCUAAUACCCAAAUUGCAAGAAGUCAACCGCUGCCUAAAUGACCUUAUUUCCUGCUCUGGGAUUAAGUCUUUUCCUUCGGGCUCUGCUCAGACAGCAGCUAACCCCCAGCCUCCGGGUCCAGCUCCCCCUCAAGCCAUCCAGAGACUGAAGGACCAGAACCGACUUCUCACGCAGGAGGUGACGGAGAGGAGCGAGCGGAUCGCCCAGCUGGAGCAGGAGAAGUCGGCGUUGAUAAAACAACUUUUUGAGGCUCGAGCCCGCAGUGUGCAAGACACCAGCAAUAUGGACUCCACCUUCAUCUGAAAACAUUUACACUCCACCCAACACCUUCCAAUGUUAGAGAAACGUGUUCAGCUGGGAAUCAUCAUGAGCAAACUUGUAUAAGACUGUGAGCUGACUGCUGUUUACCAAUACAUGGAGCACCUUUUAGCCAUGACGCGCCAACGCCCUCGACCACUUCCCCCCAAACCAACCCACAUACUACCUAGAUGUGACUGGACCCGGGAGUCCUUUACUUGCUGACUUUUACGUUUCCUGCACACUCCAACUAAACUGAAAAGACACCUUCAACAAAACCAGCAGGGUCUCAUGAGAUCCCAUCACUCCAAUUACUGCAGGACUACUGCAUCUGCAAGAUUUACACUGCCAAUCCCAAAAGACUGCUUUUAUUUUGGGGGGGGGGGGGGUAUUGGUUGGUUUCUGUUGGAAUAAAAUGCCAUAUUCUCACAGUUUACUAUGAAAACAAAUCAUCAGCUACAUCUGCUUGCUGUGACCUAACAAUUACCUUUUGAUUUGGUGUGCUACUUUACUCUUAAUGAUAAUAAGAUACACCUUGCCCAUGUCAUUCAGUAUUUCCUUCCUUUUAAUGUAAAUUAUAACAUGUUUACUUGAUUUUAGCUUCCUGGGUUUUAGAGUGUUUAAAUGAUGAGAGACUAGAAUUAAAAAACUGUUUUUUUAUAUCAUGGUAGCAUAUGUUCAAUGUUAAGACCUUUUAGGAAUUUUGAAUUUCUUUUAAGGUUGAAAACAAAAAGAGAGAUGGGAGAAGAGACUAAAGCCUGUAGAGGCAGAGAUGGACGAAAGAAGUUUGGAAGUUUGCACUUAAAGAGAGCCGAGGAGGACAAACAGAAGACGGUGAAUGUGUCGGAGCGAGAGCUCCUUGGUUGGGAGAUCUUCUGACGUCAGAAACAAAAGAAAAUCACUUUGGCUACCUAAUGCUGCAUCCCCUAUAUGUGUUUACUGUUGAUGAUUUGCAAUGUCAUAUUUUAACAUCCAAAAUAUUCAUCUUUUGAACAGAUUUUCUGUUUAAAACCUGGAGAUUAGCACAAAUGUAAAAAUAAACUUGUGUCCCCUUUACCAGGAUCAACUUGGAAACAGUUUGUUUUAGACUAAAACUGUAAAACACAGCCAUCCACAAAGUUUACAAUAUAAGUAUUUCGUGAGUGGGUGGCGGUAGAACAUUGUAGUUUUAUAAUGGAUCUGUAUGGUACUACUGGGAUGUCUGCACAUAACGUAUUGUUGAUGUCUGUUUCCCACGUGUUUGAUUGUAUGUUUUUUGCUGCUCAAACUGCAUUAUGUGAGUGAAACUCUUUUCCUUCUGCUUUCUCUUGAGUACUCAAAUUCAGAAAAAAAGUUAAAUAAUAAAUACGACCAAACGAGGUUGACUAGA